AUGGGGAUGGACGGGGAAACAGUAGUCCUGAAGAACAUGCUCAUUGGUGUAAACCUGAUCCUGUUGGGAUCCAUGCUCAAGCCUUCUGAAUGCCGGCUGGAGGUGACUACAGAAAGGGUCCAGAGACAAACUGUGGAGGAGGAAGGAGGGGCUUCCAGCUACAAUGCAUCCAGCAAGGAACAGCCUAUGGUCUUCAACCAUGUGUAUAACAUCAAUGUGCCACUUGAAAGCCUCUGUUCCUCAGGGCUGGAGGCCUCAGCUGAGCAGGACUUGAGUGCCGAAGAUGAUUCUCUGGCGGAAUACACAGGCCAGACCUCAGACCAUGAAAGCCAGGUCACCUUUACCCACAAGAUCAACCUCCCCAAAAAAGCCUGCUCAUGUGCAAGUUCUUCCCAGGUACUGCAGGAACUGUUGAGCCGGAUCGAGAUGCUGGAAAGGGAGGUGUCCCUGCUCCGAGACCAGUGCAACACCAACUGCUGUCAGGAAAGUGCUGCCACAGGACAACUGGACUAUGUCCCUCACUGUAGCGGCCAUGGCAACUUUAGCUUCGAGUCCUGUGGCUGCAUCUGCAAUGAAGGCUGGUUUGGCAAGAACUGCUCAGAGCCCUACUGCCCACUGGGCUGCUCCAGUCGGGGUGUGUGUGUCGAUGGCCAGUGCAUUUGUGACAGUGAAUACAGCGGAGACGACUGUUCAGAGCUCCGGUGCCCAACAGACUGCAGUUCCCGAGGACUCUGUGUGGAUGGGGAAUGUGUCUGUGAAGAGCCCUACACAGGCGAGGACUGCAGGGAGCUGCGCUGCCCUGGGGACUGUUCAGGGAAGGGGCAAUGUGCCAAUGGUACCUGCCUGUGCCAAGAGGGCUAUGCUGGUGAGGACUGCAGCCAGCGACGGUGUCUGAAUGCCUGCAGUGGGAGAGGUCACUGCCAGGAGGGGCUCUGCAUCUGUGAGGAGGGCUACCAGGGCCCUGACUGCUCAGCAGUUGCCCCUCCAGAGGACUUGCGAGUGGCUGGUAUCAGCGACAGGUCCAUUGAGCUGGAAUGGGACGGGCCGAUGGCAGUGACGGAAUAUGUGAUCUCUUACCAGCCGACGGCCCUGGGGGGCCUUCAGCUCCAGCAGCGGGUACCUGGAGAUUGGAGUGGUGUCACCAUCACGGAGCUGGAGCCAGGUCUCACCUACAACAUCAGCGUCUAUGCUGUCAUUAGCAACAUCCUCAGCCUUCCCAUCACUGCCAAGGUGGCCACUCAUCUCCCCACUCCUCAAGGACUACAGUUCAAGACGAUCACAGAGACCACCGUGGAGGUGCAGUGGGAGCCCUUCUCUUUCUCCUUCGAUGGGUGGGAGAUCAGCUUCAUUCCAAAGAACAAUGAAGGAGGGGUGAUUGCUCAGCUGCCCAGCGAUGUUACAUCCUUUAACCAGACAGGACUGAAACCUGGGGAAGAGUACAUUGUGAAUGUUGUAGCUCUAAAAGAACAAGCCCGGAGCCCUCCUACCUCUGCCAGCGUCUCCACUGUCAUCGAUGGACCCACGCAGAUCCUGGUUCGAGAUGUCUCUGAUACUGUGGCUUUUGUGGAAUGGACCCCACCUCGAGCCAAAGUUGAUUUCAUUCUCUUAAAAUAUGGCUUGGUGGGUGGAGAAGGCGGGAAAACUACCUUCCGGCUACAGCCCCCCCUCAGCCAGUACUCAGUGCAAGCCCUUAGACCUGGCUCCCUCUACGAGGUGUCCAUCAGCGCAGUCCGGGGAACCAAUGAAAGUGAUGCCUCAAGCACCCAAUUUACAACAGAGAUUGAUGCUCCCAAGAAUUUGCGAGUGGGUUCCCGCACAGCAACUAGCCUUGACCUUGAAUGGGAUAACAGCGAGGCAGAAGCUCAGGAGUACAAGGUUGUGUAUAGCACCCUAGCUGGUGAGCAGUACCAUGAAGCGCUGGUACCCAAGGGCAUUGGCCCAACUACCAAGACUACCCUCACAGAUCUGGUUCCAGGGACAGAGUAUGGAGUUGGAAUAUCUGCAGUAAUGAACUCGAAACAAAGCAUUCCUGCUACCAUGAAUGCCAGGACUGAACUUGACAGUCCCCGAGACCUCAUGGUAACAGCCUCCUCAGAGACCUCUAUCUCUCUCAUCUGGACCAAGGCCAGUGGUCCCAUUGAUCACUACAGAAUUACUUUUACCCCAUCUUCUGGGAUCUCCUCAGAAGUUACUGUACCUAGGGAUAGGACUUCAUAUACACUAACAGAUCUAGAGCCUGGAGCAGAAUACAUCAUCUCCAUCACUGCUGAAAGAGGUCGGCAACAGAGCCUGGAGUCUACUGUGGAUGCCUUCACAGGCUUCCGCCCUAUCUCCCAUUUGCACUUCUCUCAUGUGACCUCCUCCAGUGUCAAUAUCACCUGGAGCGACCCAUCUCCCCCAGCAGACAGACUCAUUCUGAACUACAGCCCCAGGGAUGAAGAGGAGGAGAUGAUGGAAGUCCUCUUGGAUGCCACCAAGAGGCACGCUGUCCUGAUGGGUCUACAGCCAGCCACCGAAUAUAUAGUGAACCUUGUAGCUGUCCAUGGGAUGGUAACCUCUGAACCCAUAGUGGGUUCUAUCACUACAGGAAUUGAUCCUCCCAAAAACAUCACAAUUAGCAACGUGACUAAGGACUCCCUGACUGUUUCCUGGAGCUCUCCUGUUGCGCCUUUUGAUUACUACCGAGUAUCAUAUCGACCCACCCAAGUGGGGCGGCUAGACAGCUCUGUGGUGCCCAACACUGUGACAGAGUUCACCAUCACCAGGCUGUAUCCGGCUACUGAAUAUGAAAUAAGCCUCAACAGUGUACGGGGCAGAGAGGAGAGUGAACGCAUCUGCACCCUGGUGCACACAGCCAUGGAUAGCCCCACAGAUCUGAUCGCUACUAACAUCACGCCGACAGAAGCCCUGCUUCAAUGGAAAGCACCCAUGGGUGAAGUGGAAAAUUAUGUCAUCGUCCUCACACACUUUGCAAUUGCUGGAGAGACCAUCCUGGUUGAUGGAGUCAGUGAAGAAUUCCAGCUUGUAGACCUGCUUCCUAGCACCCACUACACUGUCACCAUGUAUGCCACCAGUGGGCCUCUCAUGAGUGGCACUAUCACCACCAACUUCUCCACCCUCCUCGACCCUCCUGACAACCUGACAGCCAGUGAAGUCACCAGGCAAAGUGCACUGAUCUCCUGGCAGCCACCCAGAGCUGCGAUUGAAAACUACGUCUUGACGUACAAGUCCACCGACGGAAGCCGCAAGGAACUGAUUGUGGAUGCUGAGGACACCUGGAUCCGGCUGGAGGGCCUGUCAGAGAACACAGACUACACAGUGCUCCUGCAGGCAGCUCAGGAGGCCACAAGGAGCAGCCUCACCUCUACGGUCUUUACCACAGGGGGCCGGGUGUUCUCUCAUCCUCAAGACUGUGCCCAACAUUUGAUGAAUGGAGACACUCUGAGUGGAGUUUACACCAUCUUCCUCAAUGGGGAGCUAAGUCACAAGUUGCAAGUAUACUGUGACAUGACCACAGAUGGGGGUGGCUGGAUCGUAUUCCAGAGGCGGCAAAAUGGCCAAACUGACUUUUUCCGGAAAUGGGCAGAUUAUCGUGUUGGAUUUGGGAAUCUGGAGGAUGAGUUUUGGCUAGGGCUAGACAACAUCCACAGGAUAACAGCUCAGGGCCGCUACGAACUGCGUGUGGAUAUGCGGGAUGGACAGGAAGCAGUCUUUGCCUAUUAUGACAAGUUCACUGUGGAGGACAGCAGAAGCCUAUACAAGCUCCGCAUAGGAGGCUACAAUGGCACUGCAGGAGACUCCCUCAGCUAUCACCAGGGACGUCCAUUCUCUACCGAGGACAGAGACAACGACGUUGCAGUCACCAACUGUGCCAUGUCAUACAAGGGUGCUUGGUGGUAUAAGAACUGCCACCGGACCAACCUCAAUGGGAGAUAUGGGGAAUCCAGGCACAGUCAGGGGAUCAACUGGUACCAUUGGAAAGGCCAUGAAUUCUCCAUCCCCUUUGUAGAAAUGAAGAUGAGGCCCUACAUCCAUCGUCUCACAGCCGGGAGGAAACGGCGAGCCUUGAAAUUCUGAGCACUGGGCAGCCAGCCACCAGCCAAAUGAUCUUUUCUGUCAUUUGUUUGUAUUUUAUAAUCUGAGACAAGGGGGGAGGGGCAACAGUAAUGUGCUUCACAACAUAUUCAGACUAUCUGAAGGAAGCAGGGAUCAGUUAGGUACCAUCUCCUCCUAGUUUCUGCUGCCUUGGAGCCUGACUCUCAAGCUACAUGCUCCCUGCUAACCAGUCCUGCCUGAUCACCCCCUCUUUUCUCACAGAGGAGGAAAACUGGGGAGUUACAAAAAAAAAAGAAAAAGAAGAAGCAGGUCAUGAAGUACAGAUCACUGUGGUGAUGGGCACACACACACAAUUUUCUCUACUCCCUCUUCUGAGAUACUUUCCAACUUCUAAGUAAUAGUAAUCUGGUCACCACUGAGUGUAGCCAGGUGACCACACCAUCCCAGAAAAGCUUCAACAAGAAAGCUUGGCCAAUCUUCUCUUAAGAGGGAAGAUACCCACCACACCCUGGCGCAACAGCCCAAGUUCAUUGCAAUGAGCUAAAGAUUCUCACAU